CUCAAAAAGGGAAAACAGAAAAAAAAAAAAAAAAUCAGAGAAUUGCAGCACAAUCAAAAUCUUUGUAAAUCCACGAUAUAUAUCGUGUGAGGGGGUUGGAGGGGUGAUGGUAAAAAUUUCUAAGUUGAAAAUACAGAGAGGUUUUCAAAGUUCAUGUGUAGGUAGAAAUUAACAUAUGAGAUAAUCAUCCAUGCAGUUUAUUUAAUGAACCAUUCAUUAACAGAUUAGAAUAAUUCAAACCGGAAAGUUUCCAGGGAAAUUUUCAUCUCCUUUGUAAAUACAAUCUCCCAAAAACCAAAAAAAUAAAAAAUAAAUAGAAAACUAAUUAGCAGCAGUUUAAAAGUUGACGGUACCCUUAAAAUUCUCUUUCCUUUUGCCUCUAACAUCAUUCUAUUGUCACCAAAUCCAUGGAGUUCGACAUGUCAGAGAAAAACAGAACAGAAAAGGAAUUUGAAGAAGAAAUUCCUGAAGAUGAAGAAUCCCCGAUAGAACAAGUCAGGUUGACUGUAUCAAAUCAGGACGACCCUAGUCUACCGGUAUGGACAUUUCGGAUGUGGUUCCUCGGAAUCCUGUCGUGUGGAAUUCUGGCAUUUCUCAACACUUUCUUCAGUUAUCGGACACAGCCACUUAGCAUUAGUAUGAUAACUGUCCAGAUAGCAGCAUUGCCACUCGGCAAGAUCAUGGCUAGAGUGUUGCCUACGAGGAAAUUUAAGAUAGAAUCAUGGGAGUUUUCGCUUAAUCCAGGACCAUUUAAUAUGAAAGAACAUGUAUUGAUUUCGAUAUUUGCAAAUUGUGGUUCUGGGACAGCAUAUGCUGUUUCAAUUGUGACUAUUAUUAAGGCAUUCUAUCUCAGGAACAUCUCCUUCGUGGCUGGUUGGAUUCUAGUUGUUACUACUCAGGUUCUGGGAUAUGGAUGGGCAGGGAUUAUGAGAAAGUAUGUGGUAGACCCUGCAGAAAUGUGGUGGCCUGGUAAUAUGGUUCUAGUCUCUCUGUUCAGGGCUCUCCAUGAAAAAGAUGCAGAUGGGAAAAGCUCAAGAGGAAAAUUCUUCUUAGUUGUAUUAGCUUGCAGCUUCACUUGGUACAUUGUCCCUGGCUUUCUCUUCCCAACAUUAUCAAACAUUUCUUUACUCUGCUUAUUCUAUCCAAAAUCAGUACUAGCCCAACAAAUUGGUUCAGGAAUGAAAGGCCUUGGAAUUUUGUCAUUCACUUUUGAUUGGUCAGUUGUAGCAUCAUAUCUUGGUAGCCCUCUGGUCUGUCCCUUAUUUGCCAUUAUCAAUGUUAUAGUGGGCUAUGUUGCUGUGGUCUAUAUACUCAUUCCAAUUUCCUAUUGGGGAUUCAACAUCUACAACGCCAGGACUUUUCCUCUGUUAUCUUCUCAUUUGUUUAAUGCUCAAGGGCAGACAUAUGAUAUUACAGCUAUUGUUAAUGACAAGUUUGAGUUAGACGAGGUGGCAUAUGCAAAAGAAGGACGCAUAAAUAUAAGCACUUUCUUUGCUCUUACUUAUGGCCUGAAUUUCGCUGCUGUUGUGGCUACUCUUGCUCAAGUUGCUCUAUUCAAUGGAAAGGAAAUAUAUGAGCGAUUCCGAGCUAUAAACUCAGGAAAACCUGAUAUCCACACAAGACUUAUGAAGAAAUAUGCAGACAUCCCUAGCUGGUGGUUUCACGGCAUGCUUGUACUUUCAUUGGCUUUGUCACUUGUACUAUGCAUCGUCUGGGAAGAUCAAGUUCAACUACCAUGGUGGGGGCUUCUUUUUGCAGCUGCCAUUGCCUUGAUUUUCACUCUCCCCAUAAGCAUCAUUACAGCCACGACAAACAUGACGCCAGGACUAAAUGUGAUCACAGAGUAUAUUAUCGGUCUAAUAAUUCCAGGGAGACCAAUAGCCAAUGUUUGCUUUAAAACAUUUGGGUAUAUUAGUAUGUCACAGGCAGUUUCAUUUCUCUCGGAUUUUAAGCUUGGCCAUUAUAUGAAGAUUCCUCCAAGAUCAAUGUUCAUUGUUCAGCUACUCGGAACUCUCAUUGCUGGUACAAUAAAUAUGAGUGUCGCGUGGUGGCUGCUUACAAACAUUGAUCAUAUAUGCCAAGAUCAACUGCUCCCUACAAAUAGUCCGUGGACAUGUCCAGGGAAUCGCGUCUUCUUCGAUGCAUCAGUAAUCUGGGGUUUAGUAGGACCUAAAAGAAUGUUUGGUUCACUUGGAAAUUACAGUGCACAGAACUGGUUCUUUCUUGGUGGUGCAAUUGGACCACUAUUGGUAUGGUUGUUACACAAAGCAUUCCCAAGUCAAAGUUGGAUUAAAUUGAUUAAUAUUCCAGUACUUCUAGGGGCAACAGCUUCUAUGCCUCCAGCAACACCUUUGAACUUCAACAGCUGGAUUUUCUUUGGUGUAUUGUUCAAUUUCUUCAUUUUCAGAUACAGAAAGAAAUGGUGGCAAAAGUAUAAUUAUGUUCUUUCGGCUGCAUUGGAUGCUGGUUUGGCUUUUAUGGGAGUGUUUAUAUAUUUCUGUCUUGGUGAUAUUAAGUUUUCUUGGUGGGGAACUGGGGGAGAAUAUUGUGAUUUGGCUACUUGUCCUACUACCAAGGGCAUAGUUGUUGAAGGAUGUCCUUUGCGUUGAUUUCACUACAACGGUCGUGUCCGUCUUGGACUUGUCAUGCCUUUUGGACAGGUCAUGCUCAUGUUAAAGCAAACAUUAGUGAGGAUUUCACUGUUAUUAUUAUUGUUAUCAGCUAUUUGUACAUAAUCAUGUUUUUAGAAAGAUUGCCCCUAACUUAUGUAAUUGUAGAUUCUCAAGUAACCAACUCUUGUAAAUAUUAUCUCGCAAUAAGGCAGGGGUUGACUUAAUCCCCACACAUGUAAUUCUUAAUUUUUUUUUUAAAUGUUCAUUGAAGUUUUAGUUUGA